AUGGAGGAUGACGUGCGAUGGCGGAAGUAUUUCGCCCACUCUGGAGCCGACAUCUGGACGGUCAUUGACAGGGCGCUUCGGGUAGCCGCUUCUGAUUUUCCCGCGCAAUUACGCCUGCGACGCGACGGCAUCGCGGAGAAACUGUUCACCUUCGGUCGCCAGUCGCAAGUGCGAGACGGAACACCCCCCCACGGAGACGGCGACCGGCGAGAGCGAGAUCGACCGGAAGGGCGCGGCAGUGACGAGAAGAGUAGACGGCCUUCAGGCGAUGGACGGUCGUCAGGUGAUGGACGGCCGUUAGGCGAUGUUCGGCCGUCAGACGAUGUUCGGCCAUCAGACGAUGCUGCCGAGGGUGUGGAUGAUGAAAGGGAUUUCCGUGGCGAUGCGACGAAGGCGGAGGAAGAGGAGAAGGAGGAGGAGAAGGAGGAGAAGGAGGAGGAGAAGGAGGAGAAGGAGGAGGAGAAGGAGGAGAAGCGAACGAAGAGGCGCGGGUGCGUGUUUGUGCUUGGGGAAAGCGACGCUUCGGAUGACGAGGAUGAGGAGGACGAGGAAGAAGAGGAAGAGGAGGAGGAGGAAGAGGACGUGGAUGUGGAUGUUAUGAAGGAGAACGACGACGUUGAUGGGUUUGAUCGUCAAACGGGGAGAAACGGUGGGAACGCUGGUUCUGGGUACGGUGGUAGGGGCAGAGGCGAGGAGAGAGGGAACGGGAGGGAGAGAGUAAAAGAAGGGGAGGGAAGAGGAGUGGAUCGAGGAGUGGGGAGGGAUGCGGAGGGAGGAGCGUGGGAGGAGGAGGGAGAUGCGACCGCUGCAGUGCUGGAAGAACAGCUUCAGGAGGAGGAUCGGCUAGUUGAGCGGAUUGAGGAGAUUAAAGACCUCCUUAGACCGUCCAGACUGGAUAACGACUACUUGGUGCGGCAUCUUGAGUCUCUCCUGCACAUGCCCAUGACCCUCGAAGCUCUGCGGGUGACGGAGGUGGGCAAGAGGGUCAACUCGUUCCGCAACCACCCGUCGGAGAAAGUGCGCGCCAUCACCAGGCAGCUCAUCGGUGCAUGGAAGGAUCUGGUGAAGGAGUGCCGCAAGAGCGCAGCAGCCGUAGCUCGGUCCACAGCAGGGCUACCAGAGGACGUGUCAUCGGGCCUGCCAUCGCCACCUCUGGACGAGAGUGCUCUGCUGCAGGGGAGGAGCAUCGCCAUGGGGGCCAGUGAGUUGUUUCGUGACUUCGGUCUCGGCCUCGACAGCGGCUCCUCCAGAUCCGAUGGAAGCCCUGACGACCACAGCGCUCCACCACCCCACGGCGAUGUAGCUUCGUCCCCACCUGCUUAUAACGGAGCUCCUGCUUACAACAGCAACCCUGCUUAUAACAAGAACAAGCCGCAGGGUGGUGCUGGGAAGAUGAUGGGCAGAGCAGCAGGAGGAGGGCGAGGGGGAGGAGCAGGAGGAGAGGGGUCCCCUUUGCAGAGGCGUUUGCUUCAUGGCGUUAAGGAAAGGGAGAGGGAGCGGGAGCGGGAGCGGGAAAGGUCUGUGUCGCCGUAUCGACCCACUGCCCCUGCGUAUGGCAGGAGCCUCACCCCGCCGCCCAACAUGAGAUCUGAGUUUGCAGCAGGGGGAGGAGGAACAGAGAAGGAGCGCCUGGAGCUGGCCAAGAGGAAGCUGCACGAGCGGUACCAAGGGAUUCAGGACGCCAAAAAGCAGUGCAUGAUCCAGGUGGUGGACCUGGGCACAGUGAAGGGGCGCUCUGGGAGGCACCCUUCUUCUGAAACACACCCCAACCCCCCAACCCCUGCCUUCCUCCCCUCCCCCCACCCACCCUGCAGCCAAGAAGCAGAGAAGAAUCCAGGUGGUGGACCCGGGCACAGCAAGAAGCAGAGGACAAUCCAGGUGGUGGACCUGGGCGCAGUGAAGGGGCGUUCUGAGAGACUCUUCUCACACUCUCCCACCGGGUACCCCCCCUCCCUCCUCCGCUCAUCUGCCCUGCAGCCAAGAAGCAGCGCACCAUCCAGCCAAGAAGCAGAGGACAAUCCAGGUGGUGGACCCGGGGGCAGUGAAGGGCGGCAAGGCAAAGCCCAGGUUUGCCUUCUCUCACAACGCGCGAGGGGGGGCAGCAGGUGGCGGUGGCGGGAGGUUUGGGCGGAGGUAGCUGCUGCUGGGAGGAAGUUUGUAGCUUCUGGUGGAGGUAGCUUCUGGUACCGUAGCUUGUGGCAGCAUUCCCUUUCUCAAGCUGGUUAG